CGUAUUUGAACACAACAUGGGAAAGUCUAUGGGUAAUAAAUAUGUUCUCACAGACAAGUUAAAAUUGUUGUACCACAUGACCCAGAUGAAACAAACUCAUAUUAAUGACAUAUCUGACGAACUGGAUGAAAUUAAGUUUCUACAAAGCAAGUUUGCGAAAGACAAGAACGCUCAUAUCAAUCGUACUUUAGAGAAGAUUCGGUUAGCACGAGAGAAUUUAGAGAAGGACGUUUUUAAUUUGAUAGUUCGCUACGAAGGAGUAAAUGCUAUAAUCGCAGAUGCCACCACUUCUCAAAUGAGCUCAAUAAACCAGAAGUUUCGAGAGAUUUCAAAAAGUUUCAGAUGACUCUUGCAAUGCACAAAACAGAGGAAAAGACCUUGACGCAUAGAAAGCAGAAGUUGGAUUUACAACUGGCUCAAUGGAUAGAAAAAUAUGAUAUUGAAAUUGGUGAUCGUGAAGAAGAACUGCAGCGAUUGAUACAAAGAUACGAUGAUGCUUCAACAGAGUUUUUCGAUUUGGAAUUAACAAUGAAUAAACAUGAAAUUCUUUAUAACCAAAGUGUAUUAGAGAGGACCACUGAAGAAAAACGAAUCUUUGAGAUGAAGUUGCGUGCAUUAAUGUGCGCUAGAGCAGCGAAAACCUUGCAAAGAGCUUGGCGUGCACAUCGUGCACAACAAAAGCGGAAAAACGAAAGGGUGGCAAACGAAAAAACAAAUAAGUCAUGAAAUAAAUAAUAAAUGUUUAUAGUAUUAUUAUUUUGACAUUGAUUGAAUCGAAUUUAGUAGCGGAAAGUAGAGGAAAUCAUACAUUUAUUUUACUUGCAAUUUACCAACAAUGGCGUACCGAAUUAUAAGUGAGACUUCACUGGAUUCCUCCUUGGAUCCAUCCGGUGAAAGCUCUGUGACCAGCACACAAGACCCAGAUGAAGAUUUUCAUUUGACCGAUAAUAUUCCAUACCUUGAUGUUAUUUCAAGAUUUACCAACGUUAAACGCAAUGAGAAGUUUAAUAUCCAGCCAUCAUGGAGUGGCAUGAACAUAGAGGACACCACCAAGGAUCAAAUCGAUAAUGCAAUCUUGGCAAAACGGGUGGUUGCUCUUUUGGAUACUGCGGCACUAAAAGGAAAAAUGAUGUUAACUCUGCCAAAGUUCCUUGAAGACGACGGAGCACUUCUGCGCAAGUGGAUGCCGCCUAAAGAAGCGGAAUAUGUUAUUCAUUGCUUCCGAAAAAGAACUUGUUCGUCGAGAACAGGAAACUGGUUCGCACUUCGACGGGUUUCACUGUCGACAAGAGCAUGCAGCUCGCAUUUCGCAUGAUGUCCAUGAACCCUGCUUUCCGGCGUACGUGCAGAAGUAUCCGCCAAAGUUGACGCAGUACAUGCGGAAUUUUCACAAUGCAAACAUCGAAUUUGGUAUUUAUUGCCGAAAGCAAUUGGAGCUGACCGCUAGAGACAUGGUCGAAAAAGACGCCAGGAUGCGAGCAAUCUUUGAAAACUUGCAGAUGCGUCGUUUUGAGCUGAAGCGUUUGACGACUACUGUGAAUGAAAACACGGCGGAAUUUGCUGGCAGACUGAAUCAAAAAAUAACCAGAUCACUGAAAUGCAGGAGCAGCUUUAUAGCACUAUUAGUUACUACAAUGGCUUGAUGCAGAACUGCAUGCUACGUUCAGACAAAAUCCUUUAUCAUUCCGGCGAAGCAAGCAUGGUCACUCAAGCAAUACUCUCUGAAGCAGCCAGGGAUGCUAAACAAACUUAUAUACGCACCCUGGAUAACGAUCUAAAUGAAGAACGUAUGAUGCGCACUCGUAAAAUCAAAUACGAGGCGCAACUGGCUGUGUGGUUGACCAAGUAUGACGCUGACGUUGGUGACAAACAGCAUGUUUUGGAUGAGAUGACCGAAGGUUACGAACGGGAAAAUGCUGAAGCCCAGGAACUGGAGUGUUUGAUGAUUGAACAACAAAAGUUUUCAUGCGGUACCUGGAUGAACAAGACGAAAACGAACUUGACGAAAUAAAUGAGAAACUAUACGUGAUUGCCGCUGAAAGGGCGGCCAAAAUUAUUCAACGAUACUGGCGCCAAUAUCUUCAACAGCGGGUAGUCCGAAUAUCAUCCGUCGUUCAGAAACCUAAAAAGGUUCGUGUAACUAAGAAAAGAAGAAGUAAGCAGUUUACUCCGGAAUCGAAAUUUGACAUUUUGGAAUAAAUAUGUAUAUUUGCAUAUGUCAUUUAUAUAAAAUUAUUAAAGUCUUAGUUUUUA